AAUCUAUUAGCAUAUAGUAAUUUUUCCUCCUUUCGUAUGGUAUUCCAACGUCGAAGAAGUCGGGCUAAAGAAGCGCGGGCGACUAUACGAAUGCUUAGAGACAGCUGUGAAUAAGGUAACUCUGAUGAAUGAUCUCCAACUCGAUUAUGUCAAGUUUUGUAGAUCUCUUCAGGUUCUGUUUUCAGUAAAUGCCGUCACAACAUAUUAAGCAGAGUUAGACAUGAAUGUUCAUGUAUGAAAAGGCAGGAUUUCAGCUAUCGAUUCUACAUGUUGAUCAGCAAACAGCAAACAGCAAACAGUAAUGAAAAAACAGCAAACAGUAAUGAAAAAGUGCCGACUUUUUGGCUGAGAACUUUAGGCUAAGGAGCUACUUUACAAAAUCCGCUAUGCCAUUAUUUAUCAGCCAAUGAUUUUUGCUCAUGUAACCGUUGAUUGCUUCUAAAGUCGGAGGUGUUAAUUCGCUUCAUUUGAAUUACAAGAAAGUCGAACUCUAAUUUAUUGUUAAACAUUUCCUGAUGGCAAGUAUUCAACAGUAACUUCUCGGAAGAACGCGGAAAGAGCCACAAGUCUGGAUCCAUCUUCAGAUCAGACACUUAAGCUUGAUAGCGACAGUUAUGCAAAAUCUGGUUCUGUUUUACAAUGCUUAAAGUUUUCGUUUUAAGCAAGCAGAGAAAAUGCAGGUUCAUGGUAGUGAUUGAAUAAUGUAUUCCAGUUGAGGAACAGAAUCAGUACGUUAUGUCUGGUACUAUUUAAUUAAAACUGGCACUCACUGAUCAGGCUUCACAGCAGAAUAUGCUUUUGAAAAUUAUCUAAAAAAAUCACUUGUGUGAAGUCAUUAUCCCUCUAGCCAUAUAUUACUAAGAAUAUGUUUCUGGCUGACAACAUCAACCAUCGUCUCCACGAUAAAAAUUAAAACACGCAGUUUUUCUAUACAGUUAUUAAGGAAAGCGAAUUGGUUAGCCAAUAGUUCCAGCUCAAAAAGUGUGAUCCAAAUCAAAUUAAACGCUCCUAUAGACAUUGAUAUGCUUGAAAAACUAUUUUCAUUUUCAUUAUUAAAAUUAGAGAGCAUUGUUUUGGCGUAUCGUGAUGAUUUCUUUUUCUUUAUAUAUCUAUAGCAAUUGACUCAUUAUUUCAGUAAACAUUGAUUGCUGCUAAAAUAAAAGGUAUUAAUUCGCUUCAUUUGAAUUACACGAAAUUCGAACUCUAAUUUCUUGUUAAACAUUGCCUGAUUGCAAUUAUUCAACAGUAAUCUCUCUUCUGAAAAGCGGUGUACUGAAGAACUAUGAAGGAGCCACCAUUCUGGAUACAUCUAUAGAUCAGACACUUGAUAACGACAGUUAUGCAAAAUUUGGUUCGAUUUUAUCAUGCUCAAAGUUUUCGUGUACGUUAAGCAAGCAGAGAAAAUGCAGCUUCAUGGUGGCAAGUAAUUAAUGCCAUCCAGUUGUUAUCGGAAAAAGAACUAACUUGAGCUUUCUUGGCUUCGGAAAACAAAAUUUCAUGCAAUUGGCCAACCAAUAGAGUUAUCAGAUUUAUUACACAUGAAUGAUUUCCUGACAGAAGAAGCUUUUAACUUUGUUAGCUUUUUUUUGAUGACUGCGUGCAGAGCCCCUUGUGCAUCUUUGAUUAUAUUUAAGCCCUUGACGACUGCUUUGGUGGUUUUCGUUCCAUAUGGAACGAUGCAUAUUUUCUUUCGUGGACCCAUUUAGCUUUCAGUUUAAGUUAAUAAAUUGAUAAGCAACGACGUCAGCAAAUAUAGAUCUUCCCAGCGAUACCUCGUUUUGAAUAUUCUGACCAAUCCUAACAGAGUUACGCUCACAAAAAAGGUAACAUUUUGGGGAAAAAUCCACUGCCAAUUUCACUGUUUACCUACUACUGUUUGAAGAUUAAAUUUGUCCCCUUCCUAAUAACUUGGCCAGCUACAAUUCCAUACAAAAGAAAGACGAUAAAGUGCGCAACAAAAGAAAGAGAGAAGGAAAGGUCGAAACAGAUUGGCAAAGAAGGUCCAAAUUUUGGCUUGUGCGCAUGUGUGAAAAACAAAAAAGCUGUUUAAUUUCGCCCGAUUAGUCGGAAAAUAUGCCCUUUUUUCUUGCAAACUCAUUUUUAGCCAUUCUCAUGCUAAUUAGCCGAAAACCAGUCCAAAGAAACGGAAUUAGUGAAAAACGCGUUUUUUCGCUACUGGCCGACCAUCACCAAAGUUUUGGCAUUUGGUUAUCCCUCCCCUAACUCAACAUUGAGUAAAAAAGGUAAGGGAUAGUAGUUGGGCAGUUUCCCAGAAACCUAAAUUGAUCCCAUAAUUCUCGGUACUGAACUACUUUUUUAUUAAAGCUCUGAGUUCUGAGGGUCAUGUAAAUAAGGGUUAUCGAAAAGAAUAUUGCAUAAUAUAUAUAGAAAAGGAAGUAACUAUAAAUCGAUCGAAUAGCAUUGGCCGUCACUAUGAAGAUGUGUGUUGAAGGAGCAUUUUUUCAAAUUUACUCGUAAAGUAACAUUUUUAUUUUGCUGAUCAUAAGCUUUUUCUGUGUUUCAGACUGAUUAGUCUUAAUUUCCGACAAAGGUGCCCACUUGAUUUCCUGGCAGAAGCGUCAAUCAUUUUCCUCAUCUGCAACAUCACUGUAUCAGUCUUUGUUAACAUUUAACAUGGCUUCAAGAGAGCCUGGACAUUAUUGGUGGACCACAGCAGAAAAAUCAGUUUUGGCGGCGACGCUUGGGAUUGUCAUCGUCUUCGGAAUCUGUGGAAAUGUCAUUGUAAUAGUCGCAAUUGUUCGAUUCAAGCGUCUUCGGCGAUCCGUGAACAGCUAUUUAAUAUUAAAUCUGGCGAUUGCCGACUUUUUGACAGCAUUCCUUCUUAUGCCUUAUCACUUAGCAACCGUGUUGGACCUUAGCAUCAUUUCUGGAAAUGGCAUGCUUUGCAAAAUCGGUGGAAUAUUGUCGUAUCCGUUCUACAUAUGUUCGACUGUGACCCUUGUCAUGCUUGCUAUUGAAAGACACAUCGCCGUUAGUGAUCCACUACGGUAUUUAAGUCGCGUUACAAUUCGGACUAUACUUAUCAUGAUAUGCUUCGCUUGGUCUCAGGCUAUAUUCUUCAGUCUACUGUUUUUAAUUUUGGGCAAUAUCAAGUUUUCUGUCGUAAGCUUGGAUUGUGGAGUGGCCUGGGAAGGCACACCGCUUUGGCUCAGUGUGGUUGCAGUGAUUAUGAACAUCGCUUUACCAUUUAUUCUUCUGUUGAUUAUGAGCUUGCGAGUAAUGGUUAUAGCCAGGAGACAUAAAAUGAGAAUAGCGACACAAACAUCUUGUGUUACCCGGAAGCAAAGAAAAAAGAGCGUCUUUUCAGGUUCGUGUAUAAAAGGCUAUAACUGUAGCUUUUCUUCAUCGCUGUUUGGCAUUCACGGUACAGUAAGCUUGCUCAACCUCUUGCUGAGGUAUUAGUAAUCAGAAUUAAUCAAUGUUAGGUGGAUAGUUAUUAUGUAUAUGAUGGGUUAUCAAGACUUCUCUUUCGUUGAAAGAAUUUUGCAAUAUCAAAUUUAAUGCUUCUGAGAGAAGAUUUUGGUCUAGAACCUCGGUCUUCUCUAGCCUGCCCUCAAGACCGUCUAUCGACUUCUCUAUAGGUCCUGAGUAACAAGUCCGGCUGAAACGCAGGCUUAGCUCUUCUCGUGAGAUUAGCAUUGCAUUAGCAAAAUUGUGUGGCAAUAGGUUUUCACUAGAUAACAGAAGGGGGAGUCACGAGUUCAAGCCAAGAGCGCAAAAUGUCGUUUAACAAUACCAACGCCAGAUUAAAAGCAUCAAAAUAUUUGAUUGGUAAGCGUUAGAAAAGCAGAUUAGCUGUAAAAAUAAAAAAAAGUCUCGGAUGGAAAGUGUUACUGAUCAUGAAUGUAGUUGGUUGGUUAAUGAUCAUCCUGGAAUCCGGGACAUAUGCCUUCGAUGGUUGACUUCACCUAAAAAUUCGGGAAAUUUCUCGCGUUGAAGGUCAUUUUUUCCUUUUGCUCUACCUUUCAUCAUGUUUUAUUUACUUAACCAUAUCUCUUCAUACAAAUUCAGUCGCAGUUCCCUAAAAAUAUCUUUAGAAUCACUUCCAACGCCAGCACCAAGGUGUUUGCUUAUUGGAGGUUGAACUGUAUACUGAUUCAUACCUGUCAUUGGGUGCAUCUCAUCACGGACCGUAUGUUAACCAUGAUUGGUAUUUUCAUAAUGAAGCAUAAACUGAGGAAGGUACACAAGAAGGAGAAGGGAAGGAGGGCCAGGCGGUAAGAGGGAGCCGUCUGCUUCUCCUUGAACCAUGGUUUGGGUUUGAGGAUUAUCAUGAGGUUAAUACUUUGUGAUUGUAUUUCAGGCAUGGAAGUUAAAGCAACUGUCACCAUAUUGGUGGUAAUUUUUGUUUUUUUAAUCCUCUGGAUUCCGUUCCUAAUCACACGUGGACUCCUCGUAUUUAACCGGACUGAAAUUCAGCCCAUAGUCACCACAUCAGUUGUAUGGCUUCUUCAUUUGAACUCAGUGGUGAACGUUGUUAUCUACUCACUGCGCAGGUCCGAUUACAGGAGAGCAUUUGUGGCUGUGCUUCACUGCAGGUCAUUAUCACGAUCAAAUGGUUGGCAACAUUCAAUGACUGUCAGAACAGAUAAUCAAAAUCUAACUUUUCCAAAUUCUGACGCUGAAAGUGUCUCUGACGUGAACAGUCCUAAAACCCUUGCUUUCACGACACCAACUGUUGCUGGGAAAAAUAUAAACGAUGUUGGAGUUUAGCUUUAAUUUGCCAAAAAAAAAUUAUAAAUCUUUAUCAACGAGUGUUUUCCUUUUUACACCAUUAGUCGAACAUCAAGAAAGAUAAAUUGCGUUUGAAAGGCUUGCUUGCGUGAUUUCUAGGAAUUUAUAGAUGUGAUACUUUGAUGGCUCACGCAGUCUAACGCCUCUGGAUAAUAUGAGGAAUAGUAGCUUGCCUAGCUAAUUGGAAUUAGUUAACCGUGGAAUCAGCGAAACGUGACCAAAAACAUCAUUGCCUUAGCUUUGAAUCAGGUUAUGAUUCAAAAUCGAUUACUUCGCUUGAUCAUAAACAUGUCAAGGAGUACCUAGAUUUUGCAAAGUACAUAGGAAUGUUUUUCUUAAAAACGAACAAGGCUUAGAGCUACUUCAAAUUGUUUUCAAAAGGUUUAAAAGAAGGGGAUAAUUUGGAACCAAAUCCAACUUUGGUGCCACGUCAGGACAUGUCAAUUUGAUGGUUCUACGAAAUCUGCAGACUUAUUGGCACAAAACAGAACCCAAACAACAGGUUGUUAAUCUAAACCCACGCGGGGUGUUAAGAAAAUAUGGGAGAAACCUAGUUUGUACAUCACUAUAA